AUGAAUUUGCAAAUAAUCAUUGUCAAGGACGAUGCCAUUAUUUAAAAUCAGCCAUAAAAAUUACUCCCUCACUUGAAAGCUGCAGGAAAUGACAGUCUUAGAAUCUAAAGUAUGAUAUGGGCAAUAGUUGGUAUAUUACAAACAAUAUACACUUUCUAUCUAUUCUUCAACUACUAUUAGACAUUAAAUAGAAAUUAAAUGAUAUAGAUGUUCUAACUUGAAACUAAUCAACAUCACAGAGUAGAGUAAAUAUCAAUUGGUUUUCUUGUAAUCUUGCUUUAAGUAGUUCUGACUCUUAUUGUGGCAACAUUCCACUCAAUUCUUAACUUGCCCUCAAAUUUGUUUGUACUAUACAAAACUAUAAAAAAUGAUCAAGGAACAAUAACUGCUAUUCCUAAGGAUUCAUAUAUAUUUUAUAUGAUAAGCAUUACUACUGGUAUCUUAGCUGUAAUGUCUCAUUCUACCGCCUUUACGAUAUUAUUGUUUACCUACGGGCUAAUGAUCGUCUCCUUAUUCUUUGUUGAAUUAAUCAUUUUGCUAAGUGUUGCAUUUGUGGUUUUCCUUUAGACAAUGCCGAGCUAUACCUACAAGUUAUAUUUGGAGUCUUUUCUUGAAUGA